UUCUCUUGUUAAGAUCUUAAUUGACAGAAUAUAUUUUUGGGAUGGGGUAGAUAACAGAAUGAAACUAACGAUUCUGGAAUACACCACUCUCUGUAUAAAUAAAGUACAAUUCUAUCACACUAUUUUAUGAGUCACUAUGGCUACUCCAAAGAGCUUUAUUUCUCUAAUAGUUUGCUUUUGCCUUGUUAUUUUUUCCUUCAUUGGCACCCAUGCUGUUGAUGUCUCUCAUGAUGGAAGGGCCAUCAAAAUUGAUGGUAAGCGUAGAGUGCUCAUAUCUGGAUCAAUCCAUUAUCCUAGAAGCACCCCUGAGAUGUGGCCCGAGUUAAUCCAAAAAGCCAAAGAAGGAGGAUUAGAUGCAAUUGAAACAUAUGUUUUCUGGAAUGCACAUGAACCUUCACGUCGUGUGUAUGAUUUUUCUGGCAAUAAUGAUAUCAUCAGAUUUCUCAAGACCAUUCAAGAGUCUGGACUUUAUGGUGUUCUUCGCAUUGGUCCAUAUGUUUGUGCCGAAUGGAAUUAUGGAGGGAUUCCUGUCUGGGUUCACAAUCUACCUGAUGUCGAGAUUCGGACUGCCAAUAGUGUGUUCAUGAAUGAAAUGCAAAAUUUCACUACUUUGAUCGUGGAUAUGCUCAAAAAGGAGAAACUUUUUGCUUCUCAAGGUGGUCCUAUAAUUCUCACUCAGAUCGAAAAUGAAUAUGGUAACGUAAUUUCACAAUAUGGAGAUGCUGGAAAAGCUUACAUGAAUUGGUGUGCGAACAUGGCGGAGUCCUUGAAAGUUGGGGUUCCAUGGAUCAUGUGCCAGGAGUCCGAUGCUCCUCAGCCUAUGAUCAAUACUUGCAAUGGUUGGUAUUGUGACAACUUUGAACCAAAUAGUUUUAACAGUCCUAAAAUGUGGACCGAAAAUUGGAUAGGCUGGUUCAAGAAUUGGGGUGGCCGAGAUCCACACAGAACUGCUGAAGAUGUUGCUUUUGCAGUGGCUAGAUUUUUCCAAACCGGAGGCACAUUUCAAAAUUAUUAUAUGUAUCAUGGUGGCACUAACUUCGGUAGAACAGCCGGGGGUCCAUACAUUACCACAUCAUAUGAUUAUGAUGCUCCUCUAGAUGAAUAUGGUAACAUUGCCCAACCAAAAUGGGGUCACCUCAAAGAACUUCACAGUGCUUUGAAGGCAAUGGAGGAAGCUCUUACGAGUGGGAACGUAUCCGAGACUGAUCUAGGCAACUCUGUUAAGGUCACUAUUUAUGCCACAAAUGGAUCAUCAAGCUGCUUCCUGAGCAACACCAACACCACCGCUGAUGCCACUCUAACAUUUAGAGGGAAUAACUAUACUGUUCCAGCAUGGUCUGUCAGCAUUCUUCCUGAUUGUCAGCACGAAGAGUAUAACACUGCCAAGGUGAAUGUGCAAACCUCUGUAAUGACUAAAGAAAAUAGCAAGGCAGAAAAGGAGGCAGCAAUUUUGAAGUGGGUCUGGAGAUCAGAGAACAUUGACAAGGCUCUUCAUGGUAAAAGUAAUGUCUCUGCACACAGACUUCUUGAUCAAAAAGAUGCGGCUAAUGAUGCUAGUGACUAUCUUUGGUACAUGACAAAACUUCAUGUCAAGCACGAUGAUCCAGUUUGGAGUGAAAAUAUGACUCUUAGGAUUAAUGGUAGCGGCCAUGUAAUUCAUGCAUUCGUCAACGGAGAAUAUAUUGAUUCCCAUUGGGCAACAUAUGGUAUUCACAACGAUAAAUUUGAGCCGAAGAUUAAGUUGAAGCAUGGAACGAAUACUAUAAGCUUGCUCAGUGUCACUGUUGGACUUCAGAACUACGGGGCAUUCUUUGCUACAUGGCAUGCCGGUCUUGUUGGGCCUAUUGAGUUGGUCAGUGUAAAAGGUGAAGAAACCAUCAUUAAGAAUUUAUCCUCACACAAAUGGUCAUACAAGAUAGGGUUGCAUGGUUGGGACCACAAACUCUUUAGUGAUGACUCACCCUUCGCUGCUCAAAGCAAAUGGGAAUCUGAGAAGUUACCCACAAACAGGAUGUUGACUUGGUACAAGACUACUUUCAAAGCUCCUCUGGGGACAGACCCUGUUGUGGUGGACUUGCAAGGAAUGGGCAAAGGCUACGCUUGGGUGAAUGGGAAAAACAUUGGACGUAUCUGGCCUAGUUACAAUGCUGAAGAAGAUGGUUGUAGUGAUGAACCUUGUGAUUAUCGUGGAGAAUAUUCUGACUCAAAAUGUGUUACAAAUUGCGGGAAGCCAACACAAAGAUGGUACCAUGUCCCUCGCUCUUAUCUUAAAGAUGGUGCAAAUACUUUGGUUUUGUUUGCGGAGUUGGGUGGAAACCCAUCACUAGUGAAUUUCCAAACCGUUGUUGUUGGCAAUGUAUGUGCAAAUGCAUAUGAGAACAAGACUUUGGAGUUGUCUUGCCAAGGUCGUAAAAUCUCCGCUAUUAAGUUUGCAAGUUUUGGUGAUCCAAAAGGAGUGUGUGGAGCAUUCACCAAUGGCAGUUGCGAGAGCAAGAGUAAUGCACUUCCCAUCGUGCAAAAGGCAUGCGUUGGCAAGGAAGCAUGUUCAAUUGAUGUUUCAGAGAAGACGUUUGGUGCAACGGCUUGUGGAAAUCUUGCUAAGAGGCUUGCCGUGGAGGCAGUCUGCUAGGACUUUGUCUGUUUAGUUUAGACAACAAAACAAAGCGCUAUUUGAUUUAUGCCUAGAUUUCUUAGCCU